UGAUUAUUUUACGCGUCUCUGCCUCUUUCAUUGUUGAAACCCUAACCCUAGGGCAACCAGAGAUCUGCGCCUCCCGUCGUCCAGAUCCAUUAUUCUGCAAUACUUCUUAAAUCUUUAGAAGAACCCUAUAUUCCUUUGCCUUUAGUGGGAUUUGUUAUUUGUUUUACGGGUAAAUCUUCGAUUCGAUCUUCGAUUCAAUCUCCGAUUCGAGAUGUCUCGGUGCUUUCCGUACCCACCACCGGGGUAUGCUUUGAGCAGCGACAGAAAAGAUGCCUUGAUCGAAUCGAUUAAGCUCCAAAAGCAAAAGGUCCAAGCUGAGGAACAGAUGAAGAAGGAGAAGAGAAGGGAUAAGAAAGAGAAAAAGAAAGACAAGAAAGAAAAGAAAGACAAGAAAGAUAGGAAAGACAAGAGAAGUCAGAAAAAGGACAAUUCUGAUAUUGUCCAUAGUCAUUUUGGUGAAAAUAUCUGGACAGCUAAAGCUGAUUUUUCACACAAUGGUAGCAAAAUUGAGCCUGAACAAUUGGAACGGAGCAGUCUGACUGAGGAGCAUGCAAAGCCAGUUUGCUUGCGUGGGCCGAGCUCUUCCUCUGACAGCACUGAGAAUAGCAACAAGAGGAAGAGGCAGUCGUCCCCUGUUGAUGUUAGCCGUGGUCAUGGUAAGAUUAUCCGGAUACGAUUGUCUUCAAAGAAGCAAAACCAAUCCGAUGCUCCACCAGUCAAUGAGCAGAAACAUUGCUCUACAUCUGGUAGAAUACAUGGCCCUCCCCAAAUCGAAAAUGAUGUUUCUCUGAGACAGAGAAGUGAAGGCUUUUGUUCCACAUCAGGGUCUACCAGCAAUGUAGGGCAAAGUCUUGUUCUUAAGACUGGUGGAGAGUGGAUUCAUGUUGCCUCUAACCGGGUUAAGACUGCUGCUCCAUUGCAAACUAAUGCUUUGCCUGCACCUGCUAAGAAGAUCAAGACUGCUUCUCCCUUGGAAACUAAAGCUUUGCCUGUCGCCAAUACGGUAUUGACAGCGAUGCAGAAAGAGGUGUUACUUUACCAAAAUCUAAUUGAGAAUUGGGUUCCACCUCAAAUGCAUGACGGGUGUGUUGACAACGGAGAUGAAGAUUGGCUCUUUGGGGGGAAGAGUAAAUUGGAACCGUCUGAAAAGAGACGGGUGUGCAGAGAUGAUAGCAUACCCUGCUCUAACACUUUGUCUCUGUGGCCCUGUGCACAAUACUUGCCGGAAGUUGACUUGUUUGCACUGCCGUUCACGGUCCCUUUUUGAUUUGUACUAAUGCGGAUAGAGCAAAUUGUAUUCGUUGCUGCUGCCCGAGGAUUUUUGUAGUGGGUUUCUCUUUGGGCAGAUUGAUUUGAGAGUGAACAUUUUAGGAGGCUGAGACAAUGUAUUGGUCGCAUUGCGAAUUUGAAAUUGUAUAUAAAUAUGGAAUAUAUAUCUAUAUUUUAUUA